GACCCACCACUCCAGGUAGCUACGGAUGUCUGCUUGUCCCGUAGAGCAUGACAUGUCCGAGGCAGAGUUUGAGGAGGAGUUGCGGAAGGAGCGUGGCUUUGUCAUUGAGCGGAUGGCCGAGGAUGGCAACUGCCUAUUCCGGGCUGUAGCCCAUCAGGUAUGGGCCGAUCCCGAGCGGCACGAUCUUGUCCGUGAGCAGACGAUGGACUGGAUGGCGCGGAAUCGCGAGCACUUUGCACAGUUUGUGGCGGGCGACUUUGAUGCCUACAUCCGUCACAAGCGACAGCUGCGGGUGUUUGGCGACCAUGCCGAGAUCCACGCCAUGUCUGAGAUCUACAACCGGCCAGUCGAGGUGUAUGCCUACGACACGGUCCCACUCAACACCUUUCAGGGCCGCUCGACGUCGAGCACCAACCCGCCGAUCCGGCUCUCCUACCACUCACAGAACCACUACAAUUCGAUCAUCGACCCUGCUGCGCCCAACUUUUGCGUUGGUCUCGGCCUCCCCGAGCUGAGCACGCCGGGCGAGGCCGAGGCUCGGCUCGUCCGACGCGCCCAGGAAGAGUCCGAGCUGGAGGACGCUGAGGCCCAGCUGUAUUCUGCCGUCGUCAUGGACGAUGUCAUUCAAGAGUCGGAGAACAACGCCGUCGAUGACGCCCAGCUGCAGGCUGCACUUCAGGCCUCCCUGGUCGACAUGGAUGUGGCACCGGCGAGCCCGACCGUGCCCGACGACGCUUUCUUGCAGGCGGCCAUCGAGUCAUCGCUUGCAGAGUCUGCCCAGGCCGAGGACAUAGCCCUCCGCGAGGCGCUGCAGGCCUCGGUCCUCGAGUUUCUGGAUCCAUUCGGCGACGACGACAACGAUGGCCUCGGCGGUGCCUCGUCGUCUCGCGCCACAUAGCGCCCUGCGCUGCAAUCCCCCAAGAAACGAGACUACAGAGUGUUUGAUGAAUCUGCCAUGAAUCAGUCCCGCAAGAGUGCCUUGCACACUUACGAGGCCAUCGGGAUGGCCGACGGCAGCGGCGUUGCCGGCGUCGAGGCAUCCGGGCGUCUCUUCGACUUUGCCUUGUCCUUGGACUUUGCCUUUGCCUUUGCCUUUGCCUUGGACUUUGCUUUGUCCUUGGACUUUGCCUUGUCCUUGUCCUUGGAUUUUGCCUUGGCCUUGGCGGUGUGGCGGCGAGUGGCAUGGCGGCCGUCGUCGGCGAGAUUGGCUUCGUUAUCAACGACAUGAGCGCGCCCUUUGGCCGCAGCCGACUCAUUGAGAGUCGACGACGACAUGGUGGUGAGAUUGGAGAGCAUGGCCGAGCUCGAGCCCGAGGUGACGCCACUAAAGCCAAAGUCGGACGAUGACUUGGUAAGGAGCGACGGGAGCUUGGGCUGGACGUCCCAUUUGGGCAAAUCC